UCACCUGCACCUGCCUACCCCAAGACACGUGUGGCGCCAUCGUUAGGAGGAAGCUAACGAACUCGGAACCCACGAUAACAACACAGAUAUUGAACAUAACUGUGUCAAUUUCGAUAUAGCGAUUGCGUUUUGGAUACAACUCCGUUGUGUGGCGAAAAAAAAUUGCAACCGACAAUAGAAUUUUGCAACACUUCAUUGCUCCCAAUGCCAAUGGAAACAUGCAGCACUACCAUUUGCGGGGCUACGAGAUGAAGCUUCUUGGAGAACUCCAGAAACAACAAAACAGCGCCCAGUUCUGUGAUACACUUUUGCAAACGGAUGGUAUCUCUGUACCCACCCAUAGCUGUGUUCUAGCAGCUCUUAGCCCUUACUUGUCUCAGAAACUGUUGGCCACACCAUAUCCUCCACCUGGACAAAAACGUCAGCUCCAGCUUCAGCCUUUGAAGGCCCACACCCUGUUGAAGCUGGUUGGUCUACUCUACUCAGGGGAGUUGGAGGUAAAGGGAAGCGUGGAGCAGAAUGAUUUGAUGGAUGCAGUCCGGACGUUUGGGAUCACACCCCUCAUAGAAAGACCGAGAAACGAGGCUACAAUGGACGAGGAACUCCAGAAGAAUCAUGUUGGGAGUUUUAGUAAAUGUUGCAAGUUUACAAAUGCAGGCAGAGAGAAGGCUAAAUGCAGGAUAAUAAAAGAUGCACUAGUACACAUUGAGACGGCAGUAAGGAAAGAUACAGAUCGUUCAGUGGAAAAGAAAAGUUGCGUAUCCACAGGUACACAAACGCCAUUAGAAAAUCAGACUAAACCUCUAACUCCAGAGCAUAUCAGAUGGCCAACCCAAAACAUCCCAUUAGAUGUGUGUGUGACAAGAUCACACCAAUCUUCUGUCUUGAUCACAAAUGCAAUGUCAAAUGGCGAAGUGUCCAGCCACUGGACCGCCAGUUCCGACACUGACACUUCCUUCUCUCAGAGACCUCAGCAUCGAUGUUUUGAUUCUGUUGGCAGUACUCAUGUGCUGACGCAAACAAAGGGCAAUAGUAAGACAAGUAGAGAUCAAGUAAAGAAGAAGCCAGAAGACAAAAAUGCCAAUUCAGCAGAGACUAGGCCUGCAGUUGCCAGUAUAGCAAAGAAGAACCUUGCCAAGAUGAAACUGAUGGAGUCAACGCAAUUUUCUGUUAAGGUGAAGCUGAGAAGGAGGACAAAGGAAAAAGUAUGGGAGGUUGUGUCCACGCAAGAUGAGGAUGACACAGUGUCGGUGUUUGCCUCCUUGUCUGAGGAAUCCCACCAAAGUGCAGCUCAGUCAUCGCAUAACCACAUUGCACAAGUUGAACCAAGCAAUUCCACUAAACCGCCAAUCCACCCCAAUACCAUAUCUGAACCAUCACAUCACUUCAUUGAUCACACUGCCCAACACCAAAAUGGAACGCUCCAAUCGGCUCCUGUUCCACAGCCUCAGGGCCUUGCAGAAGAAUCUGAUGAGCAGAUAGAGAAGAUGUUGGAGGACAUCAUGAUGGGUCUGAACAUCCUGCCCGCAUUGGAAGCUCCGGAGGACGACACAGGGCAGAGUAAGAUGCUAUCAGACGCCCCUUCUGCUGAAAGUCCGCGUUACCAGAUCUUUGGGGAACAAAGUGUCCAUAUGUCAACAUGCACAGCUCAGAACCAGCUCAACUUUAAAAGUGUGCCCCUUCUUGAGCCUAGUGGUGUGAUAAUGCCUCAGCAACCGUUUCUUCAGGCUCUCUCAUCUGCCAGCUCAAUGGGGCAAAUUGAUCGACUGAGCCAACAUGAUCGAACCUACCCACCCUUCCAGGAGAGGCAGCCCUUGUCUUCAUUUUCUCCAACUUGUUUCAACGAUAUGCAACUUCCUAGAUGCCUCUCACCAAUAGAGCCAUUCACUUCAGUAGGAAUUGAUGAGGCAACCACUAACGAGCAUCAGUCUUCUCGCUGUGCAAGACCCUUGCUCACAGAACAGUCGUUACUAGUUUUUCCACUUUCUGAUGGAGAAGACAAACGGCCACCUUUAUCGAAGAGACAUCAAAGCAAACUGCCAAAGCAAUGCCUCAAACAACUGGAGUAUGAACCACAGCAAAGCCGAAACUGUGCACUAUCGUGUAUUAAAAACAAGAUGGGAAUGUGUCCAACUGCUGCUGAAAGGAAGGCUUACCCCCAGAGGAUAAAGAGAACUUUAGUACAUAACAAAGGUGUUACUACGGAUGGUAAUGUAGUGCCUAAAAAAAGGAAAGUGUGUGUUGAUUAUCCAAAAGGUUGCAGUAGUUCAAUCUGUGAUGAUCUUAGAAGUAAAAAAAACAUAAGGAUUUGCUCAGUUAGUUUGUCACGAAACAACGUCCUUGCAAAAGAAAGAAAAAUGGCCACAGGUUCCCCGAAAUCACCACCCAGUUGUUCAGGGAAACAUGAUCAACAGUCAACCACAAACGACCAUCUGAAAAAGAGAACCAGAAGUACUGGGCCUAAAAAAUUGGUGAAUACGCGCCAAAGCCACAUUAAGACCAGAGUGUUUCUGAAAACAACUCAAGUGCCACCAAGUGACACAUGCACACAAAGUAUCACAGAUACAAACUCUGAGGUCCACAGUCCAACAGUUGCAUCAAACACCAAAGUCUCUUUCUUCAAGAAGAAACGUGGGAGACCACCAAAAAAGGCUGCCCUUCCAGUCAUUUUAAAGAGUGAAAUCCAGGAGAAAAUGGAAGAGGAAUUGUUAAAGAUAAACUUGGAAAAGAGUGAUAAAAUAAAAGGAAAAGGCCCAAAAAUACGUAAUGGAAGAGGUGAGGAGCAGGUUGUUCCACUGAAAAGUAUUAAAAAUGCUGCAAAAUCUGAUGAUGACAGUGCGCCCAAAAGCAUGGUUGCUUUCACAGAAUUUCAGACUUUUGUAAAGACCCAACACUUAAAAAAAAAGAAAUCAGCUGAAAGCCAAGAAGCUGGUAAGAAUGUCUUAAAUGGAGAUAAUCAUGAAGACAAUGACUUUAUUCAGCUUCAGGUAGAAUCUCCUGUAAAUGUCAGUGUUUCGACUGGUCAAAAUCCCAAUCAAGUUCUCAACAAAUCAACGGAUGAGAGAGAAGGAUUACAACAACAUGGCUCAGGGAGGUCUUCAGGAAAGGGGACCACUUCAAGGGAUGAGCAUUCUUUAGAGGAUGUGGUCAAAAGAUCAGUUGCUCAACAUGCUGAGAUGGACCAAACACCCAAGAUACAAGAAUUGAACUUUGUUGUGAUGCCGAAUAAACAUAGUAACCCAGGUUGCUCCCCUAGUGACAGACAACCAUGUCCUCAAAAUCAAAUGUCUUUGGAGCCCAACAUGAACCCCCAGAUCAGUACAUGUUCGUCUCCUGCCGCUGGUGCACCAAAUAGCCCAGAAAGCAGCCAAGAAGGGGUAAUCGAGGUAGAUGCUCUGCUCUCCUCCCCAGAAAAAUUGCCUGUCAUCAGGCAAUGUGAGUAUGCACUCGGCCACACUGAUACUACACAAAGUGAAGAGGAGGGAGAAAUUGAUGUGACAGGAGAUGAGAUGGGCUGACAUUGAUAUGUGUGCAUACUUUUGUUGUUGUUGUGUGACAAGUGGUCAUUCCUAAUUUUCUCUCUGUUGUUGAACUUUUACUUCUAUAUCACGCCGUUGCCAGAUGUCUAGUUGGGUGACCAUCUUUGUAUAAUACACUUUUAUAUCUUGUUGUUUUUCCAUUGUCAGUGGUUUUGUUUGUGUAAAGUUUUGUGUAAAUAUUUUUGCCAUUUACUAAUCCGGUAAAGCAGGUAAAACGUUGCUUAUUCUGUUGUAUGUAUAUAAUUUGUUAUGUUUGGCUGUUGGAGUAAUAAUGAUUGAAAGCAUUUUGCAUACCGAGACUGAAUAAAAAAACUCAUUUGAAGCCUGUGUUAUACAAAACAUUGUAAAUGUAUUUUGCUGUUAUUGUUAAUUACAUAAUGUUGAUUUACA